AUGUCAGCAUCUCUAAUUGGACUUGCUCUUGUCCUGCUUGCCUUUCCGGAGCACACUGUGAUGAGUACACCAUUUGGCAACAACUCAGAAACUGCCUAUUUGGGUUCAGCGUACAUCCAUCAGGCUCUUCAGCGAGCCAUUGAGCUGACUGAUGCUGCUUAUGCCCACACGUCUGAGAGGGUGAAGAAGUCUUAUACUGAAGGUGCCCUCAAACCCAGUGACCUGCUGGCCCAGUUUAAACAAAUUGAAACCAGAACCCGGACUCACAUUCGAGCUGCUGAGCUGCUGGACAUCACAGUGGAGCUGAUCCGAGAGAUGGUCUACACCAACACGAUGACGCAGUCCAAGCCGUAUGAGCUUUUCAGUGAAGGGGAUGUGGAGAAUCUGCUCCAGGUGACCGGUUGCUCUGCUGAGCUGCACACCCUCAGCUGUCAGACAGACUGCAUGUCUGAGCGCUACAGGUCCAUCACAGGCGAAUGCAACAACAGACAACAUCCAAGAUGGGGCGCUGCAAACAUCCCAUAUUCCCGCUGGUUGUCUCCAGAAUAUGAGGAUGUGUGGGGGACGCCCAAAGGCUGGGACCCUGAGCACACCUACCAUAACAUCAGCCUGCCUCCUGUGAGGCUCGUGUCGCAGGAAGUGCUGUUUACUCACAACGAUAAAAUCUCUGUGGACUCCACUCUGUCCCACCUGCUGGUGGACUGGGGUCAGUGGAUAGACCACGACAUGGUGCUGACCCCUCAGAGCCCCAGCACAUCCGUCUUCAAGACAGGCGCUGACUGCACCCGCAGCUGCAGCCGGGACUCGCCCUGCUUCCCCAUUCAGAUCCCGCCAUCUGAUCCUCGCAGCGGCAUCCAGAGCUGUAUGCCUUUCUUCCGUUCUGCUCCCAGCUGUGAUAUCGGAGUCCUGCCUCCUCGCCAGCGGGAGCAGCUCAAUGCCAUCACCUCCUUUGUAGACGCCAGCAUGGUGUACGGCAGCUCCCCUGGUUUGGCCUCUGCCCUCAGAAACCACUCGUCUCCUCUGGGCUCCAUGGGCCUCAACUCCCAGUACUGGGAUGAGGAGCUGCCGUAUAUGCCAUUCCUGUCCCGGGUGCAGGCUCACCUGGACCCCUGCGGUCCCCGUAACUCCUCCUCCGCGGGGGCGUCGAGCAGAUCGGCACUCAGGCAGAACACCACUUCAUGCUUUCAUGCCGGGGAUUCAAGAGUCAAUGAACAUCUGGGACUGAUUGUGCUGCACACACUCUUUCUGAGAGAGCACAACCGGCUGGUGAAGGAGCUGCACCAGCUCAACCCUCACUGGAGUCCAGAGACCCUCUAUCAGGAAGCGAGGAAGAUCAUCGGAGCCAUCCACCAGAUCCUAACCUGGGAGCACUACCUGCCACGGGUGCUUGGUGAGAGCGCCAUGUCCCGGCUGAUGCCCCGCUACCAGAGGUACGAUCCAGGCGUUGACCCAAGCAUCGCCAACACUUUUGCUACGGCGGCGUUUCGUUUUGCUCACGUCACUGUUCAGCCAGUAGUGAACCGUCUGGGUCCAGAUUACACCUUUAACCCCGAGUAUCCCCCUCUGCCUCUGCAUCACUCACUGUUUGCUUCAUGGAGGGUCAUACAGGAAGGUGGUAUCGACCCAGUGCUGCGAGGCAUGCUGCUGUCUCCCGCAAAGCUGCAGACUGCAGGUCAGAUGAUGGUGGAGGAACUUACAGAAAGGCUGUUUCAGGCACAGGGGGGGAUGCCUCUGGACCUCGGGGCCCUGAACCUGCAGAGGGGCCGGGACCACGGCCUGCCUGGUUACAGCUCAUGGCGCCAGUUCUGUAAUCUUUCUGUUCCCAACACAAUGUCAGAUCUGGCCGAAAUUUUGGGGAACUUGACUUUGGCUCGUAAGUUUGAGCUUUUAUACGGAACCCCGCACAACAUCGACGUGUGGGUCGGGGCCAUAUCUGAGCCGGCUCUACCCGGAGGACGAGUGGGACCGCUCCUGUCCUGCCUCCUGACCAGACAGUUCAGAGCACUGAGAGACGGGGACAGAUUCUGGUGGGAGAGAAAUGGCGUUUUCACCAGAACCCAGAGAAGACACCUGCGCAACGUCUCCCUGUCCCGCAUCAUUUGUGACAACAGCCACAUCAGCCGUGUCCCUGUGGACCCGUUUUCACUCACCGAGAGCCCUGAAGAGAUGCUGGCCUGUUCCCACCCACUCAUCCCCCAUCUUGACCUCGGCCCCUGGAAAGAGCCUCACACAGAUCCCGUCUGUGGCCCGAUACCCAGGAUUCACUCUGGCUACUCUCUGCUCUGCAACUUCACGAUCCUUUAUCAGUGUCGGGUUGGAUUCAGGCUGCUGGGUUCUGCAUCCAUCAGCUGUGAUGCAGAGAGCCAGAAGUGGAGCUCCCCGCCUCCAACGUGUCAAGAUAUUAAUGAGUGUGAGGAUCUGAUUUCUUCUUGUCCACAACAUCUGGAAUGCCUGAACACAGCAGGUUCCUUCGUUUGCUCAGAGCCCUCCCCGCUGUCUGCUGUCUCCAUCGUGGCUGCAGUGAUAGUGGUGAUGGUUGGUGCGGCCGGCCUGGUGCUGCUCCUCAUCUGUUAUCGAAGAUAUUUUCCAAAGUCCGAAGAGUUGAUCUCUGCUGAAUGUAGGCGGGAGAAGAGCUGACCUCUUUUAAUCUUUUUUGAUAUUAAUCUGACUUCUCAGAUGUAAAAUGUUGUCCCUUUUAUAAAUAAUGUCUUCACUUAUUGUCUGAAUAAGUUAGCGUUCAACUGUAAGCGCCCUCCCCACAUGUGACAUCACGUUUUGUCCCCACGUUGUGACACCGUCCGUUCAGAAAACCCCGGGCCAAACCAUUCGUACUCGUCUCCGACGGUUUGUGUAAACAAGUCGUGAAAACAGAAGCCGUUUUAAUCCGGAAACUGUAAAUCUUACAGGAAUGAUUGCUCUAAAAGCAGAUUUCCUAAUCUUAGUGUGACUGAGCCUGCUUACCGCUUACAAACUUGUUGGGUAACCGAGGGCCAGAAAGUGUUCCUGUCAGGGUGACCGGAGAGAAGAGGCAGCCUGAGACACCGCAAACAUGUCUGCCAUAUUGUCCUGCAUGCCGUCCAGAUUUUGGAGCAAUCAUUCCUGUAAGAUUUACUCACAGUUGACUAAUGAGCCAACCAAUUCACCACUUUCAUUUUGCAUUAUUUAUUAAACCAUUAGAACUUUGGAUGGAGGUAUCACACCUGAGUGAAGUUGCCCCCCCACCUUCUUCAAAUCAGACAAGAUUGGUGUCAAACGUUUGUGCUACGUUUGUGCUGGUUUGUGCAGCAAAAGUUUUUGUUUGUGCUGCUUUGGCUUUGAAGACAUAAAUGAAAGGUUAAAGGUCAAAAGGUCAACCAGCCCCCCACUUUCAUAAAAUCAGACAUCUUGAGCAGCCUUUUUACUAAAUACGAAUAAUAUUCUUGGAUGGCUAUUUUUUACUUUUUACCCUCCUUUGCAAGCUGUUGAGGCAAAACUACACCUUAAUGUUUUGAUGUUGUGAUAUUUAAACGCUCCUCAUUGGUGGAGUAGAUAAGGUGGGGUGAAAAUUAAGUUGCUGUGCUUAAGAGGGGUGAACUGGGAAUUAAUUACUGAUAUUCCAUAUAAACAGUUACACUGUGAAUCAAGUGUGACCCAGAGACAUUUUUCCUUUGUAUGUUCACAGUACAUAGUACAAAAAAAUUUUUUAAUCAAUUUUGAAAGUUUAUAGUUUUAACAAUUUUUCAGGGCAAAAAUUCUAGACUUUUCUAAAGAUUUCCAGAGCUUGAGGCAAGUCAUUUGCACUUACCUCAAUAUAUAACAUACAGGUUUCCUGUAAAUUCAUGGUAAAUGUUAGCAUCUAAUUAAAGUAUAAGAAGGGAACGUGGAAGGAGGACACAAGAAAGAAGUGGAGGUGGAAAAUAAGAAAGAGAACUAGAACAAAAAAAAUGAAAAGGAUAUAUAGGUGCAGGAUGGUCACAUAUGGACAAAUAAAAAAAGGAGGAAGGAAACAAGGAUCCAACAAAAGGCAGAAGGAAAAGACGUGAAAUAGUCACAUUAACAAUUACAUAUUUUCCCACACUUUAUCGCUUAGUUUGCUUAUACCUCUGGCCUGCUCUGACAGGCAGUUCUUACAAAUGAACCUGAAAGGAAACCAGGGGCCCAUUUCUGAGUAUUGCAAUUAGAGUGAAAUAAACACACAUGUAAGCAACAGUGUUUUAUGU